AUGGCGUCGUCAUUGUCCUCCCCGUAUGGACUCGCCUUUGACGAAGAUGAGGAAAUGGCUGUGUUUGAGUCUACAGCAGCUGAAAUUGGAGGCCUGGUCAGACCACGUCUACCUGAAAUCUCUGUUAUUUCUCCGGGUCUGGACAUUCGGCCAGCCAACCCAGAACUGAAAGUGGCAGUAAAGGCUGGAAGCGCUGAUGAAGAAACCACAGACAAAGUGAAAGUUUUUCUGCGCAUUCGCCCACUUACUGCCACGGAAAAAGAGAAGGGAGAGGAGCAGGGUUGUGUGAUGGUCCAGGAUGAAGAAACCCUGCUGCUCAAAGCUCCACAAGACUCUCAGAACAUGAGGACAGCGGAGAGGGGCAUCACCCAGAGCCUUCACAAGUUUAGUUUCACAAAGAUUUUUGCUCCAGAGACGACACAGCAGCAGUUUUAUGAGGGCACAAUGAAUAAGAUGGUGACUGACGUUCUGACAGGAGAAAACAGACUCCUCUACACUUAUGGUGUCACCAAUUCUGGAAAGACUUACACAGUCCAAGGGAGUGGUCAGGAGGCCGGUCUUGUGCCCCGGGCGUUGGCGUCUCUGUUCAGGAAGCUGCAGGGUCGUCUCUAUGGUGCCAUGGACCUGAAGCCUGUUAUGUACCAGGAUGUGAGGCAGCUUGACUCUAGUGAGAUUAAGAUGGAGGAAAUGCGAAAAAACUCUCUUCUUAAAGAGGAUAAGAAUCGGAGUUCUCGUCGAGGCGGUACCACAUCGGUCUGGGACAGUGGCGUCGGAGGUCUCUCUUCUACGUCUAACUUUGCCACUCAGCUUGAAGACUCUGACAGUGUGUGGUUGGAGCCGGACAGUCUGUCGCAGAGUGGGGGGGACGACCUGAAGGAAGGGGUUCAGUUUUCCAUCUGGGUGUCCUUCUACGAGAUCUACAAUGAGUUCCUGUAUGACCUGCUGGAUGCUUCACCCUCCCUUCAGCCCCGGAAGAGAGUCACUCUGCGGCUGAGUGACGACAAGCAGGGCAAUUCUUAUGUCAAAGAGCUCACGUGGAUCCAAGUCCGCAGUGCUGAGGAGGCCUGGAGGAUUCUGAAAGCUGGAAGUCGAAACCAAAGCUUCGCCAGCACCCACCUUAACCAAAACUCCAGCAGAAGCCACAGCAUCUUCUCCGUCCGCGUCCUGCACGUCCAUCCAGAGGCCAGUUCAAGCCAGGCCAUGCACAUCAGCGAACUGACCGUGUGUGAUUUGGCUGGGUCUGAACGCUGUAAAGAGCAGCGCAACGGUGAGAGGAUGAAGGAGGCCAACAACAUCAAUACCUCCCUCCUGACACUGGGGCGCUGCAUCACUGCCCUGAGGCACAACCAGAACUCCAAGUUGCGACCCCCUCAAGUGGUUCCCUUCAGGGACAGUAAGCUGACCCGCGUCCUGCAGGGCUUCUUCUGCGGGCGAGGAACUUCCUGCAUGGUGGUCAACAUCAAUCCAUGCGCCUCCGUCUAUGACGAGACACUCCAGGCUCUGAAAUUCUCUGCUAUUGCCACUCAGCUCGUCCACGGCCCGUCCACUAAGACCAGAGUCGCCUACAUCCUGUCUCUACUCCGCGAGCCGGCAGCUAACGGUAAUGAAAGCACACUGAUUGAGGAGGAAGAGGAUGAAAGUGAUGUGGAAGAUGGAGAUAUCUCCUUACUAGAAACACGGACUUUACUGCAGACCAUCGAUAUCCUGAAGAGAGUGGUGCGGCGCCAGCAGCAUGAGAAGGAAGUUCUUGAAGCUCAAGUGAGAGAGGAGGUGGUCUCUGAGAUGAUGGAGGUCAUGUCUCGGAUGCAAGAAAACUUUAACGAGACCUUGGAGACGCAGAUUUCUUUAACAGAGGAGAAGUACGAGAACAAACUAUCGAUUCUGGAGACUCAUCUGAAGAAAUUCUACAGCCAGGAGCUAAAGGAGCGUGAUGAGGAGAUUGGAGCUUUGUCUGCUUCUCUUGAAAAGACAAACAGAAAUGAAGAGGCGGUCCCCAUCCUGGCCCCUCUGGAGGACUCCGAGGCCCCCCGGCGUUCUCAGCGCCUCUCUCACAGCGGAGUCAACAAACUGCGCGCUGAACUUGAACAAUGUCGCGCCGAGCUUUUUACCAAGACCCAGGAACUGACGAGGCUCAGGAUGGAGCUGGAGGUGCCGGGUUCUGCCGGACGUCUCACCAACACCACAGACCGCAAGCUGCAGGAGGGUCAGCGGAACCUGCAGAAGCUGCGCCUGGAUUUGCAAAGGUUGGGAGCUGAUCUGCAGUCUGGAGAACGAGCUUGUUGCCGCAACACCGGGGGGGAGAGGCUGCGGCACACGCUAACCGCUGCAGAUGAGACGCUAGUUAAACAGAACCAGAUCCUGAUGGAGCUCCAGAACAACCUGACGCUGGUCAAAGCAGAGCUGCGGCGGAAAGCAGAGACCCAGGCAAGGUGUGCCCAGCUGCCCCCUAUGAGCUUCGCCGUCCCCAUCACACCUGGCUCCUGCAAAAAGAGGGGCUGUGUGGCCCCCACCCCGAGCGAAACCGAGAACAAGCCUCCGCAAAAACGCUUUUUCCAAUCUCUGUUCUCGCCACAUAAAUACAACACCCGCACCGCAGGAGGGAACGUUACCCCGUACUCGCAGAUCCUACGGUCUCGCCAGCCGUCUCCUCCUCCCAGCCCCGUCCUCACCCCACGCACCCUCGUGGGGAAGUACUGA